AUGCAACAACCACAACCUCCACAACAAUCCUACCCCGAACUUCAGCUACCAACAGUAACUAGCGAAAAUCACAAAUUUCCGCCGUCGUCUUCUGCUCCCUCUGCGCAGUCUAAUGCCACUACUAAUAAAGAACAAACGUCUUCGCUCGUCAACUCUUCUACGAUUCCACUUAAAAGAUCAGCGACUUCUCAGUCGCCACCUGCCAACCAAGAUUACCCUGCCAACCAAGAUUACUCACCACCACCUUCGCCUAAUAGCACCAGUUCAACUACUACUUUUUCUCUGCCAGCUCCUUCGCCACAAAAACCUUCAAGGACUGGAAAUAAAAGUGUGCCAGCUUUCCUGAAUAAAUUGUACAAUAUGGUUAAUGACCCUCAAUCAAAUGAUUUGAUAACAUGGUCAGAAGGAGGAACUUCUUUUCUCGUCAAACAUCCGCAAGAUUUUGCUCGAGAAGUAUUGCCAAGGUUCUUCAAACACAACAACUUUAGUAGUUUUGUGCGACAAUUAAACAUGUAUGGAUUUCACAAGAUACCGCAUCUGCAACAAGGAGUUCUUCAAUCGGAUGGACAAUCAGAACAAUGGGAAUUUAAUAAUCCAAAUUUCUUGCGAAACCAACCAGACCUUUUAUUUUUCAUCACGUCGAUCAAAAAACAUCAAAUGACAAUAAGUUCAGAUUUGAAGAAUAUUCAACGGGAUAAUCAGGUUCUUUGGCAAGAAACGAUAUCUGCAAGAGAAAGACAUCGUCGACAACAAGAAACUAUUGAUAAAAUUUUAAGAUUUCUGGCUUCGGUGUUUUCUGCAGAGAAAAAACGCGCAAUUAUACCUAGAAAAAGGCGUUUGCUACUUGGAAAUGGUGAUGGGAGUUUUGGCACUGCUAAUUCUAAUUCUCAGGGUCUAACAACCACAUCAUCUGAACAGAGACCAAGCUGGACUCCGUUUGAUGCCGCUCACCAAGCUGCUGUGCCGACAAAUCCUACUAACUCCAUACCAAAUGAAUUAGAUUUGUCAUCAUGGGGAUUGGCUGGUUUAGAUUUAAAUAAUCCAGCUUUAUCAAUAUUGGCAUCAUUGGCGGUUAAUGAUCCUUCACCGGGGGCAACAAAUUUACCACAAUUUGAUUUUUUUAAUAACUUGAAUGCUCUACCAAGCACUUCUACAUCAACAAACGAAGAAGCGAAUAAUCCCGCCGGUUUUUUGACUCAUCAAUUUUCGAAUAUUUUACAUAGUGAUCCAAAUUUACUAACUGAUCCAUUGACAGUUGCAAAUAAUCAGGCAACAUCAACAACUAAUGACAAUAAUAAUCCAUUGGUAGCUGCUAAUACGACUGGUGCAUCACCUAUCAAUAAUACAAGCACAAGCACACCAGUAACUGCAACAGCAGCCAAUUCUAAUCAAACGAACGCCACAAAUACCAAUCAAGAUAUCGAGAGUAGAAUUAAUGCACUUGAAUCAAAUCUCGAUUAUGUGACAUCACAACUUGGAUUCGAUCCCGAAGAAGCUUUAGAUCAUGAAGAUCAAGAUGGAGAUGCCUUCAUGACAUAUUACGGUACGAAUAUACUUAAUGCUGCGACUGAACAGCAUCGGCAAAUGUUAUUUAAUCUGAUGGGGAGUAAUGAUAAUAACAAUUCCAAUAACAAUCCCGCUAUUGUUCAUGCCGGGAAUUCUUCAUCAACUGCAUCCCGUAAUGUCCUUAAUUCUACUGUCAAUGCUACUUCUACUACUCCUCCUCCUCCUAAUUCCAAUACUGCCACCACUAUCGUUGAUUCCACAACUAGCCCGACUCCAGGCACAGGAAGCACGCAAAUCACAAAUUCAGGAAAUUCUACACCUUCAUCGACACCACAAAUGGCGACAACAACGGCAAUAACACCGUAUAUUCCUCCUCCUUUGAGAUUAAAAACAGGUUUAGAAGGAAGCAGAAACGGAUUUGUUACUAAUAAUACGCUUGCAUCGAGACAAGACGACACCCUAACUAUCGAAGAUUUACUUGUUGAUAUCAGUGGUGAAGAGGAGGAUGAUGAUCCGUACAUUGCUGAGAAUGAGAUAGCUAGUGAGAAUGGUUUAAAUGGAUUGCCGAACUUCCUCGUAGUCACGUCCUCAUUGCUGUAUAUUAUUGAAAUAAAAUGGCUCGAAACAAUCACUGGCAAGAAUUGCAUCUACAGUUACCCUCCAACAACGCAGAUGUCGUUUCCUUCACGAAAAACCGGCUUUUAUGACCGAUUAAAAAUAGCACAGCAGCAAAAUGACUUUGUUCGCCGCGUUUGGAAUUGCGUGUUAACACAGCGACUAUCUAGUAUAGACGCAAAAGACAUUCAAUAUGAUGUAAUAAUGGGAUCAACUGCGUGUAUUCAAUAA